UCCAGUCUCGCGCGCUGGCGGGCCGCGGGUGCGAGCCCCUCCCUGAGCGCUGAGGAAAGGACGUGGUGCGCGCGGGAGGGGCCCGGCCGCCGCGUCGCGGCCGGCGCUGUCGUCCGCCUCCCUCUCCCCGGGCCCCGGCGCUGAGGCCCGAAACCAGAGCGCGGGGCGGCGCGGCCCUCUGGCCCCGGGCAUGGAGUCCCCGGCGGCGGCGCCCGCUCCGGCUGAGGGCGCGGAAGCAGCGCCCUGGGCGCGCCUGGAGGCCCCCGCGCGCCUGCUGCUGCGGGCGCUGCAGGCGGGGCCCGACGGGGCGCGGCGCGGUCUGGGGGUGCUGCGGGCGCUGGACGGCCGCGGCGGGGAGCCCUUCGGCUGGGGCCGCCUGCUGGAGGCGCUGUGUCUGGAGGAGCCUGUGGUGGAGGGCCCGGACUGUCGCCUGCAGCUGAAACCACUGCUGCUGCGAUUGCCCCCAUUAUGCCAGAGGAACCUGAUGUCCCUGCUGAUGGCUAUUUGGCCAUCGCUUCCUGAAAGCAGUCUCCUACCUGUGCUGCAGAUUGCGCAGCAGGAUCCAAGCCCUGACCCUGAUCCCUGGCUCCGGGCCCUUGGGGAAUUUCUGCGAAGGGAUCUGGGUGUUGAGGUCUCCAUUGAGAGAGCAUCCCCACUGUCUAAAAGGUGCCAGAGACAGCUCCGAGGCCUAUGUCGGCAACUGGACCAAGGAAGCAGGAAGUUGAAGUUGCCCCAGACUCCAGGUCCUGAAGGGGAAGAAGAGCAGGAGGAGGACAAGGACUCCCAGCGGCCUGGGAAACGCAGAAGGGAGCCAGAAGAAAAGCCUGCCAGUCCUGAGGGGGAGAGGGCCCCCAAAAGGCUCCGGUGUUUGGAAAAGGAAGAAGAAGGUCAUGAGGAAAAGAGACCUGAACAUGACUCUUUGGACUCCCUGGCCGAUGGCGGAGGUGCAUCACCCAUUAAGAACCAGCCCGUUGUUGGGGCUGAGCCCAGUGAGGCUCGUCAGAGUCCAGAGGAUGCUAAGGGCCGACCUGAGAGUUUGGAGUUGCCCAAAGCUAUCCAGGACCAGGUUCCCAGGCUGCAGCAGCUGCUCAAGACCCUCGGGAAGAGGUUGGAAGGGCUGGAGGGUACCCCACCAGUUGAGCUGCAGCUUCUCCACGAAUGCAGUCCUGGCCAGGUGGACCUGCUGUGUGCCCAGCUGCAGCUCCCACAGCUCUCGGACACAGAUCUCCUGCAGCUCUGCACCUGGCUGCUGGCCCUUUCACCAGACCUCAGCCUCAGCAAUGCUACUGUGCUGACCAGGAGCCUCUUCCUUGGACGGAUUCUCUCCCUGACUUCCUCAGCCUCCCGCUUGCUCACAACUGCCCUGACCUCCUUCUGUACCAAGUAUACCUUCGCUGUCUGCAGAGCCCUCCUUGGCCCCGUUCUCCAAGCCCCAAGAACAGGUACAGCUCAAACAGAGUUACUGUGUUGCCUUACAAAGGACAAGGCCCUGGACCCAGACAUGCAGGUUCUAAUGUUGGGACAGAUCUUGGAGCUGCCCUGGAAGGAGGAGACUUUCUUGGUGUUGCAGUCACUCCUGGAGCGGCAGGUGGAGAUGCCCUCUGAGAAGUUUAGCAUGUUGAUGGAGAAACUCUGUAAAGAGGGGCCAGCAGCCACCACGUCCAUCGCCUAUGCCAAGCUGGUGCUGACAGUGGUGACCAAGUAUCAGGCCAACAUCACUGAGCCCCAGAGGCUGGGCCUGGCUGCAGCCCUGGAGCUCAACACCACUUUCCUGAGGAAGUCCCUGCAGGCUGCCCUGAGACAUCUGGCCCCCUGAACGUCCACCAAGGGACCACCCUCCUGGAGCUCCCUCACCAGCUUCCAGCAGGACACUUCUGCCCUCAGCACCUCACCCUGCCCCUUGCCUUGGCUGAGCCUGGCAAUCCCAGGGAUCAACUGCCUCCCUGCUCCAGGCUGCAGAGAGGCCAUCUGGGCCUCCCAGCCAGCAGGAAGGGUCUGGGGCUAAGGAGGCUGGAUGAGUUGUAUUACCAAGGGCAGCUGACCCUGAGCUCCCUCCUUGUCACUUCUACCUCAGGCUGUGGGGACAGACACUUUAAGAUAGACCUCGGAUUUCCCUGGUGAUCCAGUGGUUAAGACUCUGUGCUUCCAUUGCAGGGGAAGAGGGUUGGAUCCCUGGAUGGGGGGAGUUCUGCAUGUCACAUAGUGUGGCCAAAAAAUAAUAAUAAUAAAUAAAACAGGAGUUAAGAUAGGCCUCAGUAGGGUUUCACCGCAGACCUAGAGUGGACGACGACGAUGCACCAGGAGCCCCGGGAGACCUGUGUCCUCCGCACAAAUCUCUUGUGCUCAAGUGUAUGUUAUGAUCCUCUGUGUUCUUAUUUCUGACUUCAAUAAUAAUUUAUCAGUGGUAUUUCAUAAAAAGCAGGAAGUUCAAUAAUGUCUUAUUAGAAGCAGUGCCUACUGUCCUACCAACUCUGAGUGUUUGUUGAAAACCAACACAUACCACCCCCACCCCCGGCCCCACCCUGCUCAGUGACAGGGGGCAUCUUUUUCCCAGUGAAAUGUCCUGUGAGGGGAAGGUGGUAGAGUUCUGUGGGCCAGAUCAUGUAUGAAACCAUCCACCCCAGCUGUAUCAGAGCUGUCAAACUGAGUAGGUGAGGCUGUGCAUCCUGCACUGGGGGAGGGGGAUUUGAGGGCAAGAGAGACUCAGCCUGGAGUUGAGGAAGACCUGGGCAGAGGAUGGCUUUCGAGGAGGGGUCUGAAGGGCUCCUGGGAUUACUGUGAGCAGAGAAGAGGAUGAGGCCUAUUGGGCCGGAAAGGCAGAAAGGGUCUGCAAUACUGUGGGCACAUCUGUUCUACAUCUGUAUUUCCACAGCACUUAGCUAAGCUCCUUGUUCAUAGUAAAUACUUAACCUGGAGACGUCCCUGGUGGUCCGGUGGGUAAGACUCCACGCUCCCAAUGCAGGGGGCCUGGGUUCCAUCCCAGGUGGGGGAACUAAGUCCCACAUGCAUGCUGCAGCUAAGCGUUCUCAUGCCCCAACUAAGUCCACAUGCUGCAACUAAGAGUUCGCAUGCCCCAACUAAGUCCACAUGCAGCAACUGAGAAGCCUGCAAGCCACGGCUAAGACCUGGUGCAGCCUGAAUAAAUAUUUUACAAAAACAAAACAAAAACAAAACUGCUUAACUUGUAGAUGUUACUGAGCCAACUAUCAGUUGAAAGUUC